CUGCAUUGCUGUGAACUGAACCCGGGGCUUCAAGCAUGCUAGGCAAGCAUUCUAACAACUGAGCUACACCUCCAUCCAAAGUUCAGCCUUUACGACAUACAAUACCUAAGAAAUCAUAAAAUUAACAUAUAUUUACAAGAAAAUACUUCUCCACAAUGAAAAGAUCCCUAAUAUAUUUAUAUAUCCAAAUAAUUUAUACUAAUGCUUCACAGAAAAUACCAUUUUAUUGCUGUAAUACCAAAGCCAUAAUUCCUGUACAGGAGUGUAUAAGUGAACAUUAAUCAAUGCACUGAUAAUUUCCUCUUUUAAUAGGGUUAAUCACUACAAAACAAACAAAAACUGUAAAUGUUCUGACCUUGGAAUGCACUUCUUGUCAUAUUGUAAGUAUUUCAGCAGAGCAUCACGGAGUGUCAUGCCACUGUGAUAUGUGGGUCAGGGCUUAGAACAUGAUAAAAUGACAGGAAAUAUGUGUAUAUAUGUACGUGUGUAAUUUGUACAGUGCAUGCUGGUUUAUUCAUGUGGUUUUAAAUGAUUUCCUAUGGACUUCAUCAUAACCGGAACAAAAGCAGUGACUUCAGAGGAAUAGUCUUACCGUAAGGCUGCACCGCUGGCUUUGGAAGGAGUGACUCCCGCUAUCCUCUCAGCCACUACUGUGGGCGAACUAAUGAUUCCAAGUACUUGGUGGUAACAGCGUCUUCAAUUGUCCCUUCUCGGAUCUUCACACCUCUCUUCUAAUUGUUUUGGAAUCUGUUCAAAAUCGUGCUUCCACCUCUCACUCUUCCAUUCACUUUCAGGUUGUUGUGUUUAAAUUGGUUUGCUAUCAAUCACCAGUUUCCCAUUUCAUGUUUGAACAAAAUAAUAAUAACUUCCCAUAUCUGCCAGCAUUUCACUUAGCCAACAAGCAUAUCUUUCACUGAAUGUAGUCACUUAGUAGUUCAGAAUGUAUGAAAGUCAGCCAAAGCUUGCCCUUGCUGUAGCUGAUCUGAAAGCUGAGACGACGCUCAGGAUAAAGCAGACUAGUUCUGAGAUGAAUCUACCACCACAGCACAUUUGGCAGAAGGAAGAGUGCUAGCUGGAAGUUCUUUUCUGAAACAAACCAAGUCUCAGAACUAGCGUGAAGUUGAGAAGUUACUCCUCCGUAUCCUCAAAUUGUUCCUGCUUUUCUUCAAACUAAGAUCCAAUUCAUUCAUCUCAUGUGUCAGUUUGUUGACUGCAUCUUCUGCUUUGUUCGCCAUUCUAAAUAUUCCAGCUCUACUCCAGGCUCUAAAGAACUCUGAGCUUUCCAAGAACUCCCUUCUGCCAGGAUCUGGUAGCAGAGAAGGCUGUCUUGCUGUUCUUAGAAGGCACUUCUCAGGAGCUGCUCUCCAUUUCUGCCAACUCGGUGGAUAACAUAUCUUUGCCUACUUUGACCCUGGCCAUACCACUGGUGUUCCAUUCUUCUCUUCAUGUGAAAGGACCAGAUGUUGGGCUCCAUGGCUGCUGCAGAAGCGCACCAGCCAGCCUGAAACGAGUCCAUGUGGCCUCCCUACGCAGCUGCCAGGCCAUCUCCAAACCAUGUGUAAAAGGAAAGUGACAUCCUCAUCAUCCUAGUUAGAAGAUACUGCUGUUAAAGAAGGCCACCUCGUCUUGGAGAAUAUAAUGCAUGAUUAUAGGACAACUGUUAUCCCUACAGCCUCCCUGAAAAUAGAGACGUGGCUUCUUUCAUCUGUGAAGAAUAAUAUCACAACUUCUCUGUCUUUUGAAUUUGAAGUCUAAAUUAUAUAUCCAUGUGAUAUUUUAGUGAGAUUCCAAGACCCCAAUUUUAUUCUAUUCAAAAUAUAUUACCUUUGGGGGAAUUUUAAAUCUUUUUUAACAUAGCUGCUUCAGAAAAAAAAAAGAGGAAUAAGGAUAUGUUUUAAUGCAGUCUUCAAAAAUCCCAAGGUUCUGAAAAUAUUCAAACCAAAGUGGAAGGAAAGUGGAGUGGUCCAGAUCCUGAAGCUCUACCUUGAAGUCUGAAAGUUGAUUUCUCCCCCUUUAAUGUUUUUUCAUCCUCCAAACUUCUCUUUGUGGCCUGAAAAAUUAUCAAAUUGUCAAACUAUACAACAGAAUAAAUGGAAGGCUGAUAUUCUCUUUGUGGUUAGAGUUCUUUUAUUUCUUUAAUAGCACACAGGGAAAGCAGAUAAUUCGGACCACCGGAUUCUCCGGCACAAUGCAAUUUAACAACAUAUCUAUAAGGAAAUGAACACUGUAUGCAUACAUACAUACUGUUUACAACAGUAUGCAUACAUACAUACUGUUGUUAAAAAAAAAAUUAAUUCUUUCCCUAACAGUAAACCAGGACUUAAGGAAGGAUACCUGAUUACAUUUCCAAGAAGUGCAGUAACUUGAUAGGACUCUGGGCGCCGCUGUUCACCAACCUGAGGGAUACAUGCUCCAUACUACCCGCCCAACUUAAAAAAAAAAAAAUGUAAACGUGUGACUUUGUACUCCAUCAUGCCACACUGAAAAUGUCUGCCUGAGACUGCUCAGCGUAUCUCUGGAUAUCUCUCUGCUGUCAUUAUUUUAAAUACUGAGGUAGAGAAGACCCUGGAAAAACAGAAAAACAAUACCCUUGAUAACAGAUUGAGAGAAAAGUGGGAAGCCAGAAGAGAGCAAUGGCGAUUCCAGAGAAGCUAACCGGCUGCAGCCGGCUGAUGCUGCUGUGCCUUUCUCUGGAGCUACUAUUGGAAGCCGGGGCUGGAAACAUCCGCUACUCUGUGCCAGAAGAAACUGACAAAGGCUCCUUCGUGGGCAGCAUCGCCAAGGACCUGGGGCUGGAGCCCCGCGAGCUGGCGGAGCGCGGGAUCCGCAUCGUCUCCAGAGGUAGGUCGCAGCUUUUCUCCCUGAACCCGCGAAGCGGCAGCUUGGUCACUGCAGGCAGGAUAGACCGGGAGGAGCUGUGCGCCCAGAGCGCGCCCUGUCUCGUGAGCUUUAACAUCCUUGUGGAGGAUGAAAUGAAGCUUUUCCCUAUCGAAGUAGAGAUAGUUGACAUUAAUGACAACACCCCUCAAUUCCAGUUAGAAGAGUUGGAAUUAAAAAUGAGUGAAAUAACGACUCCAGGUACCAGGAUCCCUCUGCCUCUUGGACAAGACCUUGAUGUGGGUAUAAACUCACUUCAUAGCUACCAGCUAAGCGCCAACCCUCACUUCAUCCUGGAUGUGCAACAGGGACCUGAAGGACCACACCAGCCAGAGAUGGUACUGCAGAGCCCUUUAGACAGAGAAAAAGAAGCUACCCACUACCUUGUCCUCACCGCCUCUGAUGGGGGUAACCCAGUACACUCGGGAACUCUGCAAAUUCGUGUUCAGGUGGUGGAUGUGAACGACAACCCACCAUCAUUUACUCAGGCAGAGUACCACGUGAGUGUCCCUGAGAACGUCCCAUUAGGCACUCGGCUGCUCCAGGUGAAUGCUACUGACCCGGAUGAGGGAGCUAAUGGCAAAGUAACAUACUCCUUUCACAACGUAGACCACAGUGUGGUCCGGAAAUUUCAGUUGGAUUCUUACACAGGAGAAUUAACAAAUAAAGAACCACUGGAUUUUGAAGAAUACAAAGUUUAUCCGAUGGAAAUUCAAGCUCAGGAUGGUGCUGGACUCAUGGCUAGGGCUAAGGUGCUGGUCACUGUGGUGGAUGUUAAUGAUAAUGCCCCAGAAGUUGGAAUCACCUCUGUCGCCACCCAAGUGCCAGAAAACUUUCCUCCUGGGACCGUAAUUGCUCUUAUCAGUGUGCACGACCAAGACGCUGGUAACAAUGGUCACACCACAUGUUCUAUUCCUGGAAACCUACCCUUUAAACUGGAAAAGUUAGUCGACAAUUAUUACCGCUUGGUAACAGAAAGAACACUGGACAGAGAACAAAGCUCUGGGCACAACAUCACAAUAACAGCAACAGAUCAGGGCACUCCGCCCCUAUCUACCCAAGCUCACAUCUCACUGCGAGUGACAGAUAUCAAUGACAACCCUCCAGUUUUUGAACAGGACUCCUACUCUGUUUACAUCCCUGAAAAUAACCCCAGAGGGGCUUCCAUCUUCUCAGUGAAGGCCUGGGAUGCUGACCACAAUGAGAACGCACUCGUGACUUACUCCCUGGUGGAAGACACUAUUCAGGGAGUGCCUUUGUCUUCUUACUUCUCCAUCAACUCUGACACUGGAGUUGUCUAUGCAUUGCGGUCCUUUGACUAUGAGCAGUUCCGAGAUUUGCAGCUAAGGGUGAUGGCGCGGGACAGCGGGGACCCACAACUCACAAGCAAUGUGUCUCUGAGUCUGUUCAUGAUAGAUCAAAAUGACAAUGCCCCGGAAAUCCUGUACCCUGUCCUCCCCAAAGAUGGGUCCACUGGCGUGGAACUAGCACCUCGAUCUGCCGAACCCGGUUAUCUGGUGACGAAGGUGGUGGCAGUGGAUAAAGACUCGGGACAGAACGCCUGGUUGUCCUACCGGCUGCUCAAGGCCAGCGAGCCAGGGCUCUUCUCAGUGGGGCUGCACACGGGCGAGGUGCGCACUACACGGGCCUUGCUGGACAGAGAUGCUCUGAAGCAGAGCCUGGUGGUGUCUGUGCAGGACCACGGCCAGCCUCCUCUCGCCACAGUCACAUUCACCAUAGCAGUAGCUGACAGCAUCCCUGAACUCCUGGCUGACCUGGGCAGCACUGGGACGGCUGUCGAUCCCCAGGAUUCAGAUCUCACGCUCUACCUGGUAGUGGCAGUGGCCGUGGUCUCCUGCAUCUUCCUGGCCUUUGUCAUCAUGCUCUUGAUGCUCAAGCUGCGACACUGGUACUCCUCACGCUUGCUCCAGACUGCAGCCAACGGAUUGACGGACAUUCCUGCCUCCAACUUCGUAGGUGUUGAUGGGGUACACGCCUUUCUACAGACCUAUUCCCGCGAGAUCUCACUCACCGCUGACUCUCGAAAGAGCCACCUGAUCUUCCCGCAGCCCAACUACGCAGAUACGCUCAUCAGCCAAGAGAGCUGUGAGAAAAGGGAAUUUCUGUCUGCACCCCAGUCUCUGCUUGAAGAUAAAGAGGAAAUAUUUUCUCAGGUAAACUUGUAAUGACCUUAUAAGCUAUAUCGAUGGAAGUAAUUCAUGUCUGUACAUACUUGCUUGCACUGUUUUCUAUGAACAGUAUAUUCCAUUAUACCCCAGUAGUGGUUGGGUGUUUUUAUUUUUGUUUUAUGCCACUGGAGAUUAAACCUAAGGGCUUAUGCAUGCUGGGUGAGUGCUACC